UUUGUGAACGCCGAUUGGCUGAUGGCGCUGGUUGUCAAGGCUUAGUGCUUCAUUCACCAUUUUGCGACUGUAGAGUACCCUGGAACCUCAACGGCUGGACUUUUUCUCAUUUGCGGAAGAAAAACAUUCUUUGCAAACCCUUUCUCGGGGAUUCCAUGGUUUUAUAGGCUUGGUUCUCGCAUCGACACCAUUUCGACGGCACUGUAAAUAUUCACGGGGGUUUAAUUAAAGAAGGAAAGGAUAUCAAAAACAGGAAGAGGCUUGUGCAAGAACAGAAGAAAAAGACAGAAAAGGGGCGGGAUGCAAGAAGGAAACAGAGUGGAAGAUAUCGAUAGGCUGGGACUUGCAGAAAAUUAGGAGGAUUAGAGACUCUUUGAGCAAAAAAAAAUGAAGCCCAUUAAAAAGCAAGGAAGGCGGUCGCCCCCCUCCACUCGUGCCAAGGGAGUUAAGAGGAUGAUGGUGGAGAGUAGCCCACAGGAAGAAAAGAGAGAAACUGAGGAAAUACCCCAAAUUUCAACUACCUCUCCCAAGAGACAUAUCUCCUCAAAUUCUGACUCAUCACAGGACGGGCCUCUGAGAAGAAGUAGGUCGCCAGAAAAGGAGGGGAUCCACAGUGAUGGGGUCAUCAACAUAGCAGUGGAUUUCGGGAAGACGGAUGAAACCCCCGGGAACUCCAAGUCUGGUGGAACACAGAGUGACAGCAACAGUAGCACGACCAGUGCCAGCAAUAGCCCCAACCCUUCCUCUAAUCGGAAGACGGCCACUUUUAAGGCCCGCGUGCCCAAGAAGAAGUACACUUCGGAGCACUGUGCCGGACACCAUGGCAAUGCCAACACUCCCAGCACACCCCCACAGAGCAGCAGCAGCUCUCACAAUAGUACUGGUGCUAACCAGGUCCCAGCUGCCUCUGCUGCACACACAGACCUACACAGUCAAAGCCAGCUGGCUGUGGACAGCAUCACUGAGUAUGGACACAACAACAUACAGGGGCCCACAGGAAGAAGUUCAGAUGAGUGCGGAGAGAAGGAUGGGAAGAGCCCACAGCGUUGCUCUUCAACCGAUACAGCCAGUGAACACUCGGCCGAACUAGACGUAACAGCUUCAGGAUGUGAUUCUCACUCCAACUCUCAAAAGACACAAGCACAUAGCACAACACCAUUACAGGAGAGCCUGUCAUCUGGGUUAGCCGGAGUCCUCGCUAAAGGUCUUAAGAAUCAGAGAGUUCUGGCCCGACAGGGUCCCAGAUUAGAAGGCUGGCCUCACGAUCGGGGUCGGGGUAUGUCAGGAGUGUUUCGCACUGGUGUCGUACGGAGAGUUAGUGAGGCGCAUGGGAGUGUGGAGGUGCAGCUAAAUGGAGAAAAGACCAUAUGCAAGUACCCUUUUCGAGUGGCUACUGAUUCUGUUGAUCUCAUCCUAGAUGCGCCACCUCCUGGUGUUGCCCCGGUGGCUAUAGGCACACAAGUUUGCGUCCCCUUUAAAGGUGAUGAUGAGGGCAGCGAGGGAGCCCAACAGUGGUACCGAGAAGGUAUAAUCACUCAAGUAGAUCAACAUCCAGCUGUUUCUUUCCCAUACCGUGUCCAGCUACGGGAGGAACUAUCUGAGGAGAGGAGAGCUGAAGAGGAUGAUGGAAGGGCCAUCAGUGCUCAGGCCGUUUGGGUGUCACGACAAAAUCUUCGCCUCCUGGUUCCUCCUUGGGACCUAGAGCCACCCCAGCCCGCAGAGCCAGGGAUUGAUGGGAGGAGGGUAAGAGAACGAGAAUGGGAGGAAAGAGAGGACAUGGAGGUGUUUCGACUGACGGCGCUUAAAGUUCAGAGUUUGUUGCACCCUGUACCUUUCACCUCAUCCCAUUCUUCGUCUUCUGCCGUUAACACUGCCAUCACGUCUGUAUUCAGUGUAGCCCCAAACAGAGACUAUGAUCAUCAUCACAGAGAAAAGGAUCAGGAGAGAGACCUGCAUAUGCACUUAGAGAGAGAAAGGGAACAAGAUCGAGAAAGGGAGAGGCACAAGCAUCAUCCUCCUCAUCCAUCCACCCCAGAGGAGGACAUGGAGGUCUACCGAAUCAGCAAAUCUCUUGGUGUUUCUUCUCAGCAUCGGCACAUUCUUUCUAAACCAAACUACCUCAGCCCCGGUAGAGGGCUUAGCACCCCAAUUGCACCCCAUCUGCCCCUUGCUCCUCACCCAAAUCACCCCCCAAUGCUCCUGGGCCUAGAUUCAGCACCAGGAGCUGCAGUCAUCUCCUCCACACCCCAGCUGCCUCCGUUGCCUCCAAGCUCUUCUCGAGGCUCCCUGAACAAGACCCCAAGCUCCAACUCGCAUGGUGCAUCAGGGGGAGGCUCUGGAUCCUCGUGCUCCUCGACACGUUCCCGCACACCCCUCACCGCCGCUCAACAGAAGUACAAGAAGGGCGACGUGGUAUGCACCCCUACUGGCAUCCGCAAGAAGUUCAACGGGAAGCAGUGGCGCAGACUGUGUUCACGUGAAGGCUGCUCAAAGGAGUCACAGCGGCGCGGCUACUGCUCACGGCAUCUCUCCAUGCGCACCAAGGAGAUGGAAGCCGGAGGAGGGGUGGGCCGAGAAAGAAGUGGCGCCAGUAGCACGGGCACUCUCACACCUGACCUUCGAUUAGGUGGACGCACCAGCAGCGAGUAUGACUGGGACGACAACUCACGAGACAGCAGUGAAGCAAGCAGUCGUGGCGGGGACUCUCGUCCACGUCUGGUGAUGACUUCUCUCAUACCGCAAGAACUGCCACGUGAACUAUCCCGCUUUGACUUCGAUGAGUGCGAGGCUGCAAAUAUGUUGGUUUCACUUGGCAGCUCUCGCUCAUGCACGCCCUCAUUCUCACCUGUAUCCAAUCAGUCACCAUUCUCCCCUGCACCUUCCCCCUCACCCACACUAUUUGGCUUCCGCCCCGCUAAUUUUAGCCCCAUCACAGCACCUUCAACUCUGACCCCUCGCCGCCAUCGUCACCUCAGUGGCACAAAGAUGCCGGGCACCCCUGGCACAGAACGUGAGCGCCACAUCUCUGGCAUUGUGCCCACUUUUCAGACCAACCUCACGUUUACUGUGCCUAUGAGCCCUAGUAAACGCAAGUUGGAUGCCCCACACCCCCCCCUGCCCAGUGCAUCAGACUAUGCGAAAUCUGAUCCCCAACACAAUGACCCCAGCAUCAGCCUCCACGCAGCAUUCAGGGUUCUUUCCCCACAAAGCCAGCCUACCACCCCAUUCCCUCGACAGAGGAACAUCACAAGUCGACCCUCAUCAUCUGCUGCCUCCACUCCACCCCCAAUGCUGGUUUCUCCCACACCACCAUCACCCCUGCCUCAAGAUCCACGUCGCAUCGUUCCCCUACGCGAUUCGCCUGUCAUUGUUCGCAACCCAGAUGUGCCGUUGGCAAAAUUCAGUGAUAGUCCCCUGAGCCGUAGAGGAAGCUCACGCUCUAGGGAGCACAGCCAGCCUCCUCACCAUGCUGUGGGUCUCCAGGCCCCUGUUCCCAUUAACGGAGCUGCCACCAACGGAGCUGUUCUCCUCCGCAAUCCCGCUCCCACCUUAGUCCUGGUGACCUCCUCUCAGUCAUUGACGCCUGUGGCUCCUGGACAUCCCACACAUUCAAACUCUUCCACUUUAAAUGUGUCCACCUCUAAUGCAAACACUGGACCUGUCCUGGCAAUAUCUGGCUCAGGAAGUAAAGAGCAAGAGAGGAAAUCAGGUGGCCAUGCAGAUGCAGGUGGUGCUCUUCCACAGCCUGUGGCUUGUCAUCCUUCACCCACAGCCCUGUUGCCCCUCAUCUUGCCAGCCGAGUCCCCUCACCCUGCUCCUCGCAAAGACAUCAUCAUGGGACGACCUGGCACUGUUUGGACCAACGUGGAGCCCCGCUCUGUUCCAGUGUUUGCGUGGCAUUCAUUGGUUCCUUUUCUGGAGACCAGCCAAACAAAAAUGUCCACGCAGCCUGCAGAUGGCCAAACACUUGUAAAUCAGAGCAAAGAACCUCGUUGUGGAGUCGCCCUUGUUUCUGAAGGACUUGUUGACCAUCCAGCAGCACCAGAGAGAGGUUCCCCAUCUUGCCCCCCUCCGUCUGCUGAAGACCCACCCGUGGAGAGAGGAGGCGACAGUGAGACCGAGAGUGAUGCUGACGACCUUUUUUUUCCAGUAGCUCAAGACCCUGCUCCAUCCAUCAGCCCAGUGAAAAGGCGUACACAAUCUCUCAGUGCACUCCCAAAAGAUGUUGACAAGAAGAGGGAAAAGGACCAUAUCAGACGGCCAAUGAACGCUUUUAUGAUCUUCAGUAAGAGGCACCGUGCACUGGUUCAUCAGCGGCACCCCAACCAGGACAACCGCACUGUCAGUAAAAUACUGGGCGAGUGGUGGUAUGCGUUGGGACCCAAAGAGAAGCAGAAGUAUCAUGAUCUUGCCUUCCAGGUGAAGGAGGCUCAUUUCCGUGCUCACCCUGAUUGGAAAUGGUGUAACAAGGACAGGAGGAAGUCCCUGUCUGAGGGCCGGGGAACUCCUGGGGCCAAAGAAGCUCGCGAGCGCAGCGUGUCUGAAAGCACAGAGGCCCAUUCCACAUCUCAAGGGACAGACCACAAAGGAGCAGGGCCUAGCUGGACUUCCCCUCGAUCUGACGGUCACAGAGGAUCAAUGGGCGGGCAGCUUCAUCGGCCCCGCGCCUUUUCCCAGAGCGCUGUGCACACUCUGGAGAGGAGGGAGGAGGAGACAGAUCUGGAAAGUGCGGGUUUGUUUCAGCCCCGCACCCCUGCUCACUCUCAACAGCCGACUGAGGAUGUGACCAGCGAUGAAGAGCAUAUGGUGAUCUGUGAAGAGGGGGAUGAUGAUGUCAUAGAAGACUCGUUUGCAGACGGCUCCAUUGACCUGAAGUGUAAAGAGAGAGUGACAGACAGCGAUGAGGAAAACGACCAUGCAGAUGAGGCUGACAGCAAGCGCCUCUUCCAACCAGUAGUCCGUUCCCCUUUGGCGCCCUCUCUGGCUGGCACAACUGGCAACAAAGAUGAAGAAGGGCGUGAAGAGAACCUGGAGAAGAAGAAAAAGAGAGGGAUGGGUGGUGCAGAGCUAAAUAACGGGGGGCCCAAAGAAGGGAAAGGAGGAGGUGGAGGAGGGCAUGUGCCGUUCCAUAUUAAUUCAGCCUCCGUCAGUAGUGUAAACACCACUUUGCUGCAUGAUGCGGGGACGUACUAUUCACACGGCACUGCAAGGAUGGCCCCCACCAUAGUGACCAAUGUCGUUCGACCCAUCACUAGCACCCCGAUCCCCAUCGCCAGCAAGCCAGUUGAUGGGACCCUACCUCCAGACGGGAAGCCCAAGUUACUGAUAGGUGCCGGUGGAGCAGGAGGAGGUGGGUACUUUUCCUCCUCUUCUCCCAAACCUAAUGGGCAAGGAGGCUUAGUUACUGGCCUAGUCUUGGGAGGAGCCUUCCCAAACCAGCCCACCGUUCAGCUCAUCACCCCACCUCAUCCGACUCCAUGCAACGGAGCCCCUAGUAACAGCGCAGUACCCCUUCCCCUACUUCAUCACCAGUUCCUCCCCACUGCCUCUAUUACGCCCUCUAGUGGCGGGAAACCUGUAACACAGGUGCAGUACAUCCUUCCAACUCUGCCUGCAACUGCCAAUCCCAACAGUCCCUCCUCCCAGCAGACCUCCAGCAUCCUUGCCCUGCCUAGUGCCACUCCCACCCAUGUGACCCUGGCCAAUGGUGUACAUUCGGGGGCGGGACAAGGGAUAAGAUAUGCUUCAGUCCCAGCAGUGGGAGGAGUCAGCCCAGGAGGUGGAGUUCAAGCGCAGUCCCCAGUCUUGCAGAGCAAGAUGCUUGUUCCCAUGGCAACUGUCGGAACAGGAUCUACACCUCCGCAGCCAAUUUCCCUGGUUGGCCCACCCCUUCCUGUUCAAAAUGGGGCUCAACCAGGAAGUAAGAUCAUUCAAAUUGCACCAAUGCCUGUGGUCCAAACAAAUGUGCAUCCUGGUGGUUCAGUGCAUACCGGCAGCUCAUUUCCUGUCUCUAUGCCAACCGCGACUGUCAUGGCCCCAGGGCCCACCCCUUCUCAGACGGUGCUCUUGACGCCACCACCUACAAGGAUCACAUAUGUCCAGUCCACUCCUGGAGUAGUUGCGACUCCUUUGCCAUUGGGUUCGACACCUGCAGUCUCUUCCACCCAGCAAACCCCGUCACCCGUGGGUCCAUCUUUCUUGCAAUCUCCAGUGGCGACUCUUGGCUUUACUGCAAUUGCCCCAGCAGGUCAGGCCUUGGUUCAGCCUAUUGUUGCAAGUCAGCCACCCCUCCUGGCUCAGUGCCCACCCCCGAGCGGAUUGUCACAACCUGCACAAGCCUCGACAGCCACCCGUCAACUUAUGACCGCCAUUUACCCCAGCUUAGCCGGAGGAGUUGUGUCAGUGACAGCCGUGCCACAAAGCACACCAAGUUCCACAUCAGUUCCGGCAUCAUCCUCAACGCCUCAAGCGAAGACCUCCUCAGCCGCGGCUGCGCAACCACACACGCAGACAGAUGCGCAGCUGCAGUCUCAGGUAAACAUGCAAAUGGAAAACGAGAGAGGAGCAGAAUCUAGGAAAGAGAUGGAGAAACAGAGAGACCUGGUGGUGCCAAAGGAUGGACAUCAGGCGCCACCUAGUGGUUUGGAGGAAUCGGUGCAACCCAUCUGUACGUCACACAAACAUAAAGGUCAGCAUUGCGAAGGGAAGGAGGACGGAAAGAAAGGGAGCAAAACGAAGCGCGAGUAUGCGAGAGAUGUGGGAGCGGGCUUGUCUCAAACAGAGAGAGUUGAAACAGUGGAAGGGGAGACCGAGACUCAAGCUGAGACCAACAACAAAGACGAGAGUCGAGAAGGAAUCCUCUGUUUUGGACCCCCGCCACCGCCUUUGCAGACUGACACUCCUUCAGCUAAAAAGGCCAAGUUCCGCCCACCUCCACUGAAAAGCACUGCUGAUGCUGGUGAAAAGACGCUGUUUGGUUCCACUUUUGAAGAGCGUCUUAAAGAGCUGCCGGAGUUCAAGCCAGAAGAGGUGCUGCCCUCUCCCAAUCUACAGAGUCUAGCAACUUCCCCUAGAGCCAUACUGGGCAGCUACCGCAAGAAGAGGAGGAACUCUACAGAUCUAGACUCCGCCGACGACCCCAGUUCCCCAAGGAGGAAGAGUCGUCGCCUGUCCAGCUGCAGCUCAGAGCCCAACACACCCAAGAGUGCUGCCAAGUGUGAAGGGGACAUCUUCACCUUCGAUAGGGCUGUUGGAGAGACGGAGAAUAUUUUGGAGGAGUUUGACCGCGUGCCGCCCUCUUCUCUGCGUCGGAUGCUGGACCAGCGGCGUGCACUCGUCAUGCAACUCUUCCAGGAGCACGGCUUCUUCCCCUCAGCGCAAGCCACAGCUGCCUUCCAAGCUCGCUACUCGGACACGUUUCCCAACAAGCUGUGCCUGCAGCUGAAGAUUCGCGAGGUAAGGCAGAAGAUCAUGCAGACCGCCGGCAGUUCUGAAAUCGUGGGAGGCGUGGCUCUCGCCGGCUCUGACUUCGCCUCCACAUCUGGACCAUCCAAUCCGGCGCCCAGGGAGAAUUCCGAGCCAGACGAGAGGACCAGGGCCACGGAAGAGCCAAAGAAAGACGCGGGAGACCCGCAGGAAUCGAGAUGAAGAACGACUGAGAACGGAAGGAUGAAAGAUGAACGUAGGGAGGGAUGGAUUGUAGAAAUUUCCGCUGACAGUACAGCACUUCAUUUCUAAUCGAACUGAUUUCGUUGCCAUUGCGUUCACUUCGUUGAUGUUCUGUUGUUAUGCACAGUUACACACGCACAUGUUCACACACGUUAUGCAAUCACAUAACAAUAUCACUUUCACACAUUAAUAACUUGCACAAGGAACUAUUACAAACAGCGCAUGUGGUCGCACUCAUUUGCAUAUGCCACUGGUGUCGGGGCAGUCAUUGGUCCACCUCUGCAUUAGGGCGGGCGUCACUCUCUGUCAGAGUUUUAGAGCCCUUCGAUGCUGCACCACAGGCAGCACCAAACCAGCCUGUCUGCACAUGCUCAGUAAACACCCCCGCAUGGGGCUAGCACAGAUUUUUAUCGAAUGGACUGAAUGUUUUAGAAGAGAAAUUAGACUGUUUGAGGUACCGGUAACUUUCAAUUCAAGACGGGGAUGGGGUGGGGGGUGGUUAGCGGGGGACAAAUGCGCUUGCACUUUCGUUUUUAGAGACCGGGUAAAGCAAUAGCCGGGGAGGAGAAGGGUCUUCGUGCAAAUGUUACACCCCGCGGCGGGGUACAUGCAUCGGCUGUUACUGUUCUUCAGCACGGGCUGUAAAUUCACAACAGGUUUUAUUUUUUUUUUUGUCCCAGAAGCAACAAACUCAAGACUUGUAAUCACGUAGACCAGCGGAGCAGAAAACAGAGGCUACAGCGACCACCACAAUCGCAUAACAACAACAACAACAACAACAACACAGCACACUCGCAGCGAGAGAGGAAAACUUUGUCCUAACCUCGGACGAAUCGUACAAAAGAAGACGAAAAUGAAUAGAGACACUACCCCUCUUUGAGUCAACGUGUAGAUAUGCUUUGUCGUUUUGUUGUUGUGUCGUAACGGUGGAACUGACUGAUAUCUCCUUAUUUUUUGUAUUAGCUUGCGCCUCUCUUCUUCUUAUUAUUAUUAUUAUUACUAUAGUAAUAUUUUCAGCAUGGACUAAUCCAGCUAUCUAAGUGUUGGAGCAAUUACGUUGAAAACGACAAAAAAAAAGACUGUGUUUUAGCCUCUUAGCUGAAGCUCCUCUUCUCUGGCCGCCGACUUAGGCUUUUCCCUGUACACUGUAUAUAUAUAUAGUAUAUAUAUAUAUAUAUAUAUAUAUAUAUAUAUAUAUAUAAAAAAAAACGUGAUGGCUGGGGAGGGGGGCAGAGGGUGGGCACGAGGCUCUCUCUGUGUUCUUUUCCUCGUUUCUUUCUUUCUUUUUUAUAUUUCAAUCAGGUGUUUGCACAAUAUAUGGUCUUAGACCAUGAUUUAAAUCAGGAAAGUAUUUGUUUUUAGAUAUUUAAAAACUAACCGACGACUUUGUUCCAUUGCGUUCGAUUCUCCCUUUCCGCGACCCCGUAAGGAAAGUCCUUAUUUUUUCAUCUCCUUAAGACUUUUAACUGAAGUGUUGAUGGAAAGCGCCACUUUAAGCACUGGUCUGGAGUCAGAGCAAGCUUUGUAGCCUGCGAGGACUUUGAUUCAGGAUUACGCAAGGGAAAGCUGACCCGAGACCAGCGCUGGGGCGGCAUUUCUCAGGAUCUCCUCUUUCUUACUCUGCCUCUUCUUUCAUUGGUGCAAUAGGACGUGGGUGGGAAUUUUUUUGAAGUAGACGAGUGACCUGUUAGUGCCAUAGAUUUUCACUGUACAAGCUGUAAUAAAAUGAUAUAUAUGUUGAAAAGAGAGUUGGAAAAAAAAUUCAGAGUUUAAAAGCGAGUAUCGAGAGAGAAAUCCAAACUGAACAAACUAAAAUCUGAAAAAAAAAAAGAGAAAAAAAUGUAACCUAGCACUUUCUUGCGUCUGGUUUUGCUGAAAGAGAAGGAGUGAUGAGUAUAAAAAUGCUACUCAGUCUUCACUUGAAUGUGUGACGAUAUAAAUGUAUAAAUAUAUCUAUAUAUUUCUAUAUGUCCCAUGAUAUACAGAUGUCUGUGUGUGUGCGAGCGUAUGUGCGUACAUUACAUGCACUUUGACAAAUCGAAUUUACUCCCGAGCAAAUGCUUAUUCAUAUUUUCCCUGCCAGAAAAGCAGUGGCACUACAUCAAAAGACUGUUAGCAUAUGCUGGCUACUGACCAACACAAUUCUUAACUUGACGUAUCUGCCCUUUCUUUCCCUCCCCCAGCAACAGACAAAUGCUUGCACACACACACACACACACACACACACAUACCUGCACAUGUAUGCGUGUACACCUUAUGAUUGUGUAUCCAAUAAACUGUCGUUACUUUGGAGAAGGAGUUUUAGAAUGAGAAAGGUGAGUGUAAACUCAUCAACAGGCAUGUUGACCAUGUGCAAUAUUUCUAAACAAGAGAUUACUGAAAAAAUUAAAGACCUAACACAA